AUGAGUGCAUCACUGUUUAUCUUGUUGCUAAGGUUGGAAUUGAUAUGUAACUCUUUGACUGGAUUGUUGUCCAGAGUGCAUGGGCUUAACUUACUUGGAAAACUUAAGCCCCUUUUAAAUUUCCUGUUAAAGCCAGGAGGGGCAGAAGUUCAGCUGACAUAAACUACGUGGAACAAGUAAUUCUCUUUGUAGACUCCUUGGAGAAGGAUCUUUUCAGCCUUUCCUGUGGAUACCUAUAUAAAAAGAAGGCAUGAGGUGUGGUCUUGGAAAACAGCCAGCAAGGAAUCCCUGUGUCUCAUGUGGCAAAAAGUGAAAGUACAGCUAAUGCUAAGCAUGUCCUUCCUCACUGCUCUUUUUUGGUAUUGUAGAAGGCUAUACAGCUUUUUAGCACAGCUGCUGAAAAGGUGGAGCAACUACCUUCAGAGGCAACUCAUAAGGAAUCUCAGUGUGCUGCCAGAAGUUGAUCUACUUGGCUAUAGUGCAAGAGAAUGGAAAGGAGAAACAAAGCAGGCCAAACAGAUGAGGGAGGCAUAUGAAGAAUUGUUUAAGAGCUGUCAUAUCAAAUACCUGAGACAAGUCAGGAGGGACAACUACAGUGUAGUAAGAGCAGUGCUUUUUCAGAUAUUCAGCCAAGGCAUUCCUUUUCCUUCAUGGAUGAAGGAAAGAGAUAUAUUGAAGCUCCCUGAAAAGCUUUUGUAUUCUCAAGGUUGCAACUGGAUUCAGCAAUACAGUUUUGGACCAGAAAGAUACACGGGUCCCAAUGCCUUUGGGAAGUUGCGCAAAUGCAUGGAGGCGUUAAAGACAAAUUGGGCUGAAAUAAGUGCUACAAGAGAUCAUGAAGAAAGAGGAAGCAUGUGUAAUACACUGUUUUCUGAUGAAAGCAAGGAAUACAAACUAUAUGAAGCCAUAAAAUUCAUCAUGCUCUAUGAAGUUGUCGAAGCCUAUGAGCAGAUAAAGAGCAGGGAUGAACCUGUACACAACCUUUUUAGCCUUCUCUUUGCUCGUGACUCUUCGUCUGACCCUCUGAGUUUCAUGAUGAAUCAUCUGAACUCCAUAGGUGACUCUAUUGGCCUAGACCAGGUUGAACUGUUUCUUCUUGGAUACCUACUUGAAGUAAAGAUACGAGUUUACAGACUGCAUAGGUUUAAUACUGAGGAAUUUAAAGUAAACUAUCCGGAUGAAUACCGAAGGGAAUGGAAUGAGAUUUCUCUCGUGACUGAGGAUGACCGCUACUAUCACAUCCCCCUUUUCUGAACAUGAAGGACCAGUGACUUUUUUUUCUUUUUCCUUUGUAUAGUAUAGUGACUAAUUCCAGUGAAUUAGGUUUCUAAUUGGCAGCAGUAAAAUCGUGAGAAUGCUCAUUAAUGGUUACAAAACAAUUUAUGGGUUUAUUGUGUAAACAUUUUGCUUUCCCAUUUUUGCUCGGUUCACCAUCAGUCAGCCAUAAAAAGCAUAAAAUAUAUUGCUUUACUGUCUGGGGCAAAAAAGUGUGACAUUUGAGGGUUGUCAGACAAAAAAAUUGGAAUGCCUGACAACAAAAGACAAAGGUUAUGCUGGGUUUUCCAUUGCUAGUUUAAGGGUUUGCUCUGACAUCCAUGGAUGGGUUAAACUUAAGUGCCUAAAGCAAUGACUGCCUUUCCCUAUUCUUGUCUGUCUCUAGCAGGGGAGGAAGAAUCACAGAGGAAGAAAAUCCCAGGGUCCCACAGUUUAUAUUCCAUGCUAUUUAACUUGCAUUGACUUGGGAUGGGAGGAUAUAAGCUGGGGCCUCUGCAUGGCUGCUUCAAAUCCACUGGGCUUCCCUUGUUGCCAGAACACCUCUCCAGGGAUGGGCAGAGCAAGCAGCUGCAGGCUGUACUUAACUUCAGACAUGGGAACAGGCUGCACCCAGUGGUGAUCCCUGAAGGUGAAGAACUGUUACACAGGGAGAAAAAAUCAACACACAAGAACACUGUGAUGAAUGGAAGAUCACCUGUGUAAAUGAGGAAAGUACAUAGCUUUUUCCAAGGUAAAAAGGGCAGUGUUCACAUGCAACAGAGUUACACCCAGUAUCUGCGUAUGGCUUUGGUCAACUUGUAAAUUCUUUAAUAGCUGAUUUCAACAUUACCUGCCAAGAUUUCCUUUGCAAUUCAUUUGAGAAAACUGUGCAUGGAAUACAGGCCAAAACAAUGCAUUUUCAGCAAAUAUUCAUUUUCUAUGCAUGAUGUGAAUUCAGCAGUGUUGCAUACAUGUUUUAUCCUCUGAUUAUGUAUUAAUCUCCUUGCCUAAGAUCACUAUUUUUAAUCUAGACUUCCGUUUUUGAAGUCUGUCCGGAACAAGUAAAUGAGAUUUACCUUCCUACAUGGAACAUUUUCCUCAGUCCUGUUUUCUAAAAGAAUCGUUGUGUUUUGAUUAUUUCAAAAUAAGGGACCUUAACUUGAAGUAUUAGAUCUCACAAAAUAUUUGUGAAAAGCUUACAAUGUCACAGGCUAAUGGUUGUAUCGAAGAGGGUGAGAUUUAUUAAGAAACAAAACCUCUCCUUUCCUUAUCCUAGGGGUAUGGGGACAGGAGGGUUUGUUUUUUUAAACCUGCAGUAUAAAAUGCAAGCCAAUAGCAAAAAUGGGAACAGGGCCUGCAGGAGCUAAAGCAGUUGCAUGAGGUAUCUUCAUGGUAAUGCUUUGAGUCAGUGGAGAGUGCUUAGUUCCUUUGUGUAAAGGAAAGCUAUUUGCUCCCUUAUGCUCCUUUUAUUUGUGUGUAUAUGUGUAUAUAUAUUUAUAAAUACAAACACUUGAGUUCAGUUUUGUUGAAUGAUUUGUAGAUUUUAAUUAAGAAGGCUUGAUAGCUGUAAUAAUUUCAUCUCAUCAAAACCUGCAGACUUUUAUUUAUUAAAAGAAAGUUUUUUUGCUGAAUGAAGUAAUUUUCUUGUUUUAGGUUUGGUUCUGCUCUGCAUGGGGAAACGUUAUAAUACCUAAGUGUAGAGUAUUGUUAUCUAUUUUGCAUCAACAGUAACAUUUACAAUUAUCAAUAAACUAGUCUAUUUUUUUUUUUUUUUGUUUUGGUACAAACAGACAUACCAUAAAAAGUAUGUAUUUUUGUUGUGGACUUUUUAAUGAUUUGCAUAUUAUUUGUGUUUAGGAUUACAAAAGCAUUACAGCUGAAAGCGAUAAAUUGUGAAAACAUACAUUUUUGUGAUCUUGAGCACAUUAAUAGCAAGAAUUAAUAAAAAUCUAAAACAGA